CGCCAAAUCCUUUUCCCUUUUAAUAAAAUGCAACCUUUUGAACUUUUGGAAUAACUCAAAGGACUCUGAAAGAAUCUAAGAAUUAGAGUGUAAACAAUACAACCCAAAGAAUAGCAUACGCUUCUGGCUUGUAUUUAUGAAAACCGGUAAAUUUGUUCGGUUUUGCGUAUGUGAAUUAAAACAUCGGGGCUGCGGAGAAACUUUGAUUGAGCGGAGUUUCGUUGGAUGCGGAAAAGCUAAGUACCGUGGGUAAAUCAUCAUAUAAUCCAUUGAUUGGAUAAUAUAUCCGCGGGGUAGUUUUUUAUGAAAUCAUAGGUGACAUUGAAGAAGCGAUGGGAGAGCGCGGAGAAUGCUAUAUUGUUGGAGCGAAUUUUAGUAGCGAUAAAAAAGUAAUUUGAAUCUUGUUAUAGUUUGUUAUUGUAUUCCUUCUUUUUUUUCUUUGUGUAGUACUUUCUGUUAAUCCUUCGUACCAUGAGCGUUUGAUUGUAGAUAAAAUUUACGCACGAAAUACACACAGAUAAUACUUCCUUCCAAUAAAGCGCCGGAACGAGAAUGAAUGCAAGGAAAGAAAGGCAAAAAAAUUUUUUUUUUUUUUUUACCAGUAUUUGACGAAUUCUAGUGCUUUCACUCUAACCUUGUGUAAAAUAAAACUUUUAUUCUUUCUUCGUUAGUUUUUUCUUGUUUUGUUUUUCCUACAAUUUCUAUUAAUCCCCUACUCGCUCAUAACUCCCCCCUCUUCCCUAGACCUAUUGCUCCAUCUAGAAGUUUUCAUGAGUUUCUUUUCCACGCUAUCCUUAUUCUUACAUAAUGCAUUUUCUUUAUUAUCGUUAUUUUAGCUAACGAUAAACACAACGUUUUCUAACGCGAAGAAAAGAAAGGGCUGGCCAGUCUUAGGCUUCCCUAUUUAGAGUCGAGGAGUCGUCGCCUGUUCGUUAUCACACUUAGGCAUCCUUGGUUUUGUACGAUCGGCGAAGAAACCUCCAUCGCAUUGCAUCCUCGAGAGCUUUCCUUUAUUUUAGGUUCAUCUUUAUUUGAAUCAAGGUUUGAAAGUUUUUCCUUUUCAAACCCUUCUUUCGGUUGUCUGUUCUUCCCUAAAAGUUUCAUAUCUUUAAUUUCUUGUUUCAUUCUUCUUUUUUUUGCUUAAAUUGUUCUCCAUCCUUCAAAUAUUUGAGGAUUUCUACGAAAACUCGCGAUGACAUCGACCUUUGCAGAAAGCAUCUUUCAAACCUUAAAAUAUGGUGGUGCCAUCUCUCUUUCCAUUACUCUUAUUGCUCUUGCCUUUUUGUACCGUUAUCAAACAACUCUGAUUUAUCCUAGUUCAUUUCCUGAAGGCUCUCGCUCUACUGUCCCUACACCAAAAGAUUUCGGCAUAGACUAUGAACAGAUUUCGUUGCGAACUCGCGACAAAAUAAUCCUUGACUCUUACUUAAUGCUUCAGCCGAAAGCCCCUGAGUCACGUCCUACUCUGCUCUACUUCCAUGCCAAUGCUGGUAAUAUGGGCCAUCGUCUUCCUAUUGCUCGAGUCUUUUAUUCUGCACUUGGCAUGAACGUCUUUAUUAUCUCUUACCGCGGUUACGGUAGGAGUACUGGUUCUUCUAGUGAAUCUGGCAUGAACAUCGACGCUCAGACUGCCUUGGACUUUCUGCGAGAGCAUCCUGUCUGCUCUUCCACUAAGAUAGUCGUUUAUGGUCAGUCUGUUGGAGGGGCCGUUGCCUUGUCUCUUGCCUCAAAGAAUGAAUCUGUCAUCUCUGCUCUUGUAUUGGAAAAUACCUUUACUUCUAUAAAAGACAUGAUCCCUACUGUCUUCCCUUACAUUGGAAAUCUCCUAUCUCAUUUUUGUACAGAAAAAUGGGAAAACGUACGCUCCAUUCGCAAAAUCAACGACUUGCCUGUUCUUUUCCUUUCUGGCGCUGAUGAUGAAAUCGUUCCUCCUUCUCAAAUGCAUGUCCUUUACUCCAUCUGUCCUAGUAAACAAAAGCGUAUUCGCGUUUUUCCCAAAGCAAAGCAUAACGACACUUGUUUAGGCGAGGGUUACUUCCACAUCAUUGCCGAAUUUUUGCUUUCUAAUAACGUCUGGACUUCCCCUAAUUAACAUCCUACGAUAAUAGGUUUAAUCCUUCUUCGAGAUGAUGUUUUAUUUACAACUACUCGUUUUCCUCUUCUUUUCCUCUUUGCUCUUUCCUACCCAUUUGUCGUAAUUUUGGUACGUGUUCACUGUUCCUUUUUUACUUUUUUGUCCUUUCACCAGUUAAUCUUACGGCAACAAUCUAUGGAAGAUUGUAAGAAAUACAAAAAGUCAUGUUUAAUUAACUAGUCCUAUAAAUUAUGCUCAUUCCAAUAACCCAAAAUGUUCUGUAAAC